CAAGACAAGAUAAGCUGAGUCAUAUGUUAUCACUUGUCAAUUGUUUUUCUUUCUAAUUUCUUUGUUUUCUUUGUUCUCUUCAACUUAUAUAUAAAAUCUUAUAAUUUUUAUUAAAACUUUAAGGAAGAGGGAACAUAUAGAAUUAAAAGGGAGGUUUUUGUGUUAUAAUUAGUUUUUUAUAUUUUUUUUCAAGAAUUUUCUUGAAGGUUAAUUAAUGGCCAAGAUUACUAGUUUAAUUGGAUCUGGAAUUGUUGCAGCUACCAACCAGAUUCUAUAAAAAUGUGCUACUUUUGGAUGAUCGAGCACCGAUCCUGUGACAUUUUUGAAGAGUGCGAGCAACAUAGCUCUCCCUAGGCCUAAAGUUCAACUUCAUUUUACCUGUAUCAAUUGUGCUUUUGAUCUGCACGGACGAUUGUUCUGUGUUCCUCUUUGGACAAUGUGGUUAUGAUCAACUGUGAAUCAGGUUGGUCCUCACGUAAAGCAUAUCCCUGCUGUUGGCAAUUUGCAAAAACAAAUCGUUAGCGAUCAAAUACAGGUCAGAUGGAGUAGCACUGAGACAUCUUUGAAGAAUGACAUCUCAGCAACUGAUGUUAGAGGAUACAAGGGGCAUGAUAUGUUGGCACCCUUCACUGCCGGAUGGCAUUCUACUGAUUUGGAACCUUUAGUCAUACAAAAAUCUGAGGGUUCGUAUGUCUAUGAUGUUAACGGGAAGAAGUACCUCGAUGCUCUAGCUGGUUUGUGGUGCACAUCUUUAGGUGGAAAUGAGCCUCGUCUUGUUGCAGCCGCAACUAAACAACUCAACGAGUUGCCCUUUUACCAUUCAUUUUGGAAUCGUAGCACAAAACCUUCUUUGGAUCUCGCGAAGGAGCUCCUAGAUCUUUUUACUGCAAAUAAAAUGGCGAAAGCUUUUUUCACAAACAGCGGAUCAGAAGCCAAUGACACACAGGUGAAACUGGUAUGGUAUUACAACAAUGCACUCGGGAGGCCAGACAAAAAGAAAUUUAUUGCUCGAACAAAAUCAUACCACGGAUCAACUCUCAUUUCCGCUAGUCUCUCUGGUCUUCCUGCACUACAUCAGCAAUUCGAUCUACCAGCUCCGUUUGUUCUGCAUACUGACUGCCCUCAUUAUUGGCGCUUUCAUCAGCCAGGUGAGACGGAAGAGGAGUUCUCGACAAGAUUGGCUAAUAAUUUGGAAAAUCUCAUACUCAAAGAGGGACCUGAAACAAUAGCUGCUUUCAUUGCCGAACCAGUCAUGGGGGCAGGAGGUGUCAUACCUCCUCCCGCGACCUAUUUUGGAAAGGUCCAAGCUGUACUAAAGAAGUACGACAUUCUUUUCAUCGCGGAUGAGGUUAUAUGUGGAUUUGGAAGGCUCGGGACAAUGUUCGGAUGUGAAAAGUACAACAUUAAACCUGAUCUUGUCUCUGUAGCAAAGGCUCUUUCCUCCGGAUAUAUGCCAAUUGGGGCUGUCCUUGUAAGCCCUGAAGUCUCCGAUGUCAUAUAUUCUCAAAGCAACAAGCUCGGUACAUUUUCCCAUGGAUUUACUUACUCGGGGCACCCUGUCUCGUGUGCAGUUGCCUUGGAAACACUGAAGAUCUACAAGGAAAGAAAUAUUAUUGAGCAAGUAAACAGAAUAUCACCAAAGUUCCAAGAAGGUCUGAAGGCGUUUUCUGAUAGUCCCAUAAUAGGAGAGAUAAGAGGAACUGGUUUGCUACAUGGUACAGAGUUUACAGAUAACAAAUCUCCAAAUGAUCCAUUCCCUCCUGAAUGGGGUAUCGGUGCAUAUUUUGGAGCACGGUGUGAGAAGCAUGGAGUGUUGGUACGCGUUGCUGGUGAUAACAUAAUGAUGUCUCCUCCCUACAUUCUUAGUUUGGAAGAAAUUGAUGAGUUGAUAAUCAAAUAUGGGAAAGCAUUGAAGGAUACUGAAAAUAGAGUAGAAGAACUCAAGUCUCAGAAGAAGUAAAAGAGCUCAUGAGGAAAAAAAGAGUGAAAAAAAUACAAGUCAAAAUUGUUUUGUAUAUUGUUAACUAGGCUUAUGAGUUGUUGGCUAAGAAAGUCAUUUGACUUUCUAGUGACUCGCGAUAGGCGUUUGAUUAUUUUAAUUAUAUUUUUCUAAAAAAGUUUUAGAUGAAUAUGAAAUGACUUGAAAAUCAAAAAGUAUGAUGAUCAAAUCAUGCUAGAUAAGUUUAAGUUGAAUUAUGAUCGGUUGUUUGACGUAAA